UUCGCUUUGUCAGCACCUUAUGAGCAUUGCCUCACACGUUCGGCUGAUGCUCAACGCCCAAGUGAUUAUGUCGCUUCCAGCUGAACUCGUCUUCGGGAUUCUCUUCUCCCUCUGGUCCAUUCAAUCUUGCACCGAGGAACGUGUACAAACCUUCAAAAACUGCUCCCUUGUAUCUAGAUGCUGGUCUGCCAUCAUGAAGGACGUAAAUUCUACGCACUCGGUCAUUCCCCUCUCCUACAACGGGAGUCAGAUGUAUACCAUCCGGGCGAUAUCUUCGAUACCUAAUCCGUCGCUCUGUCGUACCAUAACGUUCAAGGUCGACUACAUGGUUCUGCCACAGCUCCUUAUCGAUAUGGAAUGCGAACCUUCCAUCACAGCUAAUAAGGGAAUAGAGUCUGCGCUUCGGAGGCUAUUCUGCGGCUCUAAAACACCUCAAAACGCUACCCAUAUCUACGUAGACUAUCUUGACGACCCUCAAGUCCAUAUCCCUCGCUUUUGGAUUCCUCAACAGAUCACACAGCUGACUAUUAUAUACCACUACCGCCGCUGGGUUCCCUUCCGGUUCCGAUGCUGCAAUCCCUGCGAAUGCGAAUGUAACCAGCCUGCAGUUGACCAAAAAGUCAUCCAUCUCUCCGUCAUGGGAGCCACAUCUGUGAUAGUGCAGCGACUCACAACUCCUCUCACCAAAUGGAAAUGUCUGGCUUCGUUGACUACAGACGCUGAAUUUCUGGAAACUGAUAUUCCUGUCACCUUGCGAGAUGCCUUCACCAGGAGAGAGUACAAUUAUCCAGACCAGGAAGUGGGACCGGAUUUUGUGCGUUGUGUCAUGUUUGGCGAACGGAUGUUAUGGUCCUCCUUGCUUUCCAGGUCGUACCCCAUAGGGCUACGUGUCCGCGAGUGUUAUAUCUCAAUGCUUGAACAGGUCAUUCCACUGGGGUCUGUGGGAUAUAUCGGUCCUUUAACCAGGAAGUUCAUCGUAUUGUUCAAUGCUAUCGAUCCAGUGGCGUCCUCGACGGAACCACGCAUUCAUCGCAUCCCUUCUCUUCUAAAGAAGGGCGUAACAAAAUUGACCGAGAACCCUAAUUAUUCCUCUUCCCCGGGGUGGGAUUAUGAAUAUAAAAGGACAGAUAUCCUGCGCAUGCUCGGAGCUUGGAGUCGAGGAAGAUCAGUGUAUAGUAUCCCUCUGGGAUUCGACAUGGGGGCCUUGCUAUUUCUCGCGCUCGGGCGUGCCUUUUCCCGAGAACUUGUAGGAGACUAUUUUGAGGAAUGGUUGUACGAGCAACGACAGACAAUUACGGACGUGUUCGGAGACGAUCAUCCUUUCAUCCGAAGACAUCUGGACCUUGUGACAACCACCGUAGACUCCUCGCAAUAUGCUUGGUUUGCUCAUCUUGGACAAAAGUCGAGGAAGGAUCUGACAGAGGACGGGAGUUCGACCCUCAGGCUUCGCGCAACCCUGGAAGCCCUUGGGGGAAGAUUAAAGCUCCUAGGUAUUAUACUCAUCCUGGCCCCGUACUACCCUCGUGGGACCACGUCUCCACGGUAG